CGCCCCGGCCCCUUGCUUGCAGAGGCCGGACUUCCUUUCCACGUGAUUCCUAGUGUCCUCUAGGACUUACCCAUCAGGCAAAGCGGACUUCUCUGCAGAUCAAGAUGGCGACGCGGGCAUCGACUGUAGCAUCGAGCAAAUGGCUCAAGAGUCUCCGAAAAUGGUAUUACAAUGCUGCAGGAUUCAACAAACUUGGAUUAAUGCGUGAUGACACCCUUUAUGAAGAUGAAGAUGUUAAAGAGGCCAUAAGGAGGCUUCCAGAGAAUGUGUAUAAUGAUCGAAUGUUUCGUAUCAAGAGAGCUCUGGACCUGAGCAUGAGGCAGCAGAUCUUGCCUAAAAACCAGUGGACUAAAUAUGAAGAGGACAAAUUAUACCUUCAACCGUAUCUGAAGGAAGUUAUACGUGAAAGAAAAGAGAGAGAAGAAUGGAACAAGAAAUAAUCAUGUCAAAAGAAUCUUAUCAAUAUGUUAGUCCUCAAAAUAUUUUUUAAUAAGUAUGAUUGUGCAAAAUAUGAAACUUAGCUAACAAUUUGUAACUUGUGUGCUGCAAAUUUAUUUAAUUUCAAUAAAUGUCAUCAUAGGAACUUGUGAAUAGAAAUUUUGUGUCAGCAUAUCCUGAAACUUACUACAUUCACAUUCAGUCAGAAAUUACAUAAUUUCUAAUGUCUUUAAGGUUAUUUUUAUAAUUUAACUACUUGUAUCUUGGAGGUUAUGGGAAAUUUUAAGUGAGUAGUUGUUAAUCUUUCUUACUAACAAAAUACAGUUGUUACUUUAUGGCUAGUUGUGUAAAUAAGUGAUCAAGAUGACUAGAAGAAAACUCUACCAAGAUAGUAUUGUGGAUAAAUAGCUGGAUUUGGACUCAGAAAGACAAUUGGGGAACUAAGUCAGUGCUAGAAUCUAUGUCUCCUAUCUUCAGGUUAAUGUUCUGUCUACCACAACACUGCCUCUCCAAAAGGUGUAGUAAAUCCAAUGAAAUUAAUAGAGCCUUUCAAAAUUUUCUCUUUGUUUUACAUGGUUCAUUCAGUUUUAUACAACAUAAAUUCUCAUUGGAAGAUUUGUAGAAAUAACCCAGUAAUUGAAAUAAUUUGUAUUUUUUGAACACCUAGGUGCAAGACUGUUAUUUACUUGGAUAGAACGAGAUGAUGCUAUACUUUUACUCAUUGAGAUUAUAAUCUGGGGGAGGAUAGGUCAUUUAUUAAAUAAUACAGAUUAGUUUAUAAAUGCCAUGUGAAGGGAUACAUCUAAGUGCUUUUAUAGGAGAUGAGAAUAGGGAAGAGAACAUUGUGGUUUGAGUGGGGUUGGAAAUGAUUUUAUGGAAGUGAGAUUUGAACUGAACUUUUAGCUGUCACUAAUCUCAGUAUUCUAAUCUGCUAAUGAGGGAUUGAACCAAAGGAGUUUGUUCUUUCCCACUCAAAGAAUAUGACUUAUUAACUAGAUGCUAACCUGAUUUUUCCUUUUUGGUCCUCAGCUUUAAAUUUAAAAAUUGGUCCAUAAAUAAUUUAGUGUUUCCUCUUUUGAGGGAGUAUAUCCAAGGACUUUUUCUCUUAAGAAAUUGAAGUUUGCAAGCCUUCAUAAACUAUAACCUCCUAAUUCCUUUUAAAAUGUAAGGAUUUUUGUUAGAAAUUCUUGAACCCCUAAAACUACAUUACCCAAAAUUCUAUAUUAUCUAGAAUCUUUUUCCCUUUUACUGCAUCCUCCCAUUUUGUGUGAUUGUAUUUAAGUGGGUUGUAACUCUUCUCACGCUCUCUUUUACUCACAACUGGGCUGUUACUUUAGUUAUUAAUAAAACUUUUUGAAUAUUAAAAAAAUAAAA